AUGUUGGAAGUGGCCGAUGAGAAAAUGGAGGAGGCUGAACAGCCGCAAGAAGAAGAAGAUGAUGACUUCCCCAUGUUCCAAGAGCACUACAAUGCUCUCUUCUCUAUGGAGUUUGUGGAGACCAAGUACCCACAUGAUAAUGCCAUGAAGGCGCUUGGGAUCUUUGAUGAUGUACAGUUCGUUCUCAAGAACAUGCACUUGGCUAGGUUCUUCUCUCACCGAAUGGAGUCAUACAAGGAGCUAACUUGCGAGUUCCUAGCCUCAUUGAGGUACUACAUGUACGAGGAAGAAGAUAGAGCCAAUUUGGAUCAAGGGUUGGGUUGGAUCACGUUUUUGGUACUUGGAGUUAAGAGGAUGGUUACUUUUAGACAGCUAGAGAUCUUAUUUGGCUUCAACUAUGGGGAAGGAACUCAAUGGAGGAGCCCUGUGUUGAGGUAUGUGCAUAAGGCGCUUUCCAACACCUUCUUUGCAAGGAAAGCAACCGGCACAAUCAAUGAGGGAGAGCUCAGGUUACUUGACAUGGGGAUCAAACCCAUCCUCUCCUACACAAACGAUGGAAGGAAGAUCCGUGGGGACACCUCAAACACAAGAAACCGUAUGCCAUUCCUUGAUCAACUCCUCACCUAUAAGACUACGGCCUACAACACUCGAUUUCAACAAGGGAGGAAGCUAAGCAUUGGAGGACUCAUCACACCGAUUCUUUGUGCAGUUGGUGUGAAUCCAUGUCACCUUAAGGCUACACCCCCUGGUUGGAUGGACAUUAAGUUUUGCAAGACCAACCUCCUCAUUGAUCACAAGGUAGUGAAUGGGAAAUACCAAUCCUAUUCAAACACCCCACAGCUGGUGCCUCCAAGAUGCUCCUGCCCAACCCUGCGUUCACAACAGUCAGAGGAGGUAACAGUAUUGACUUUUGCCCUCCACUUCACACAUUAG